AAGAUCCGCUAAGCCCCUGGUUUCUCAAAGGCGGCCCAAUAACAGCGGCUCAAUAACGGAUCCACUCUAUAAGAUCCGCUAAGCCCCUGGAUUUCACUGCGGCUCACUAACGGAUCCGACCUAUAAGAUCCGCUAAAGCCCUCUCCUCUCCCGCCCGCCAUCGAUCAUUCGAUCAGCGACCGCAUUCGCUCCUCGUCGUCUCCGAUCAUCUCCAUGGCUUCCGGCGACCCCAAACCACCAUCUACUGCUUCCAGCGAUGAUCGCCGGAAACGGGACUUUCUGGUCCACCUCGAAGCCUACCUCGCCCGUCGCGACGGCGUGGACAAGCUCCUCAAGAUCUCUCGAUAUGCCGCGAAGAUCGCCCUCGCCGCCGGAACCCUACCCCCGGAGCUAGCACCUCGCGUGAAAUCAUUCGAAUCGAGCGUUGGCCUCAGCCGUAAGGCCUUUAGGCUUGGGAAGUUUGUCCAGGACGUCAACGCCCUCCGAUCGUCCACUGGCGAUCCAUUCCUCGCUGCCAUAGCCUACGGUGGGGAUGGUAUCUACUAUUUUAUAGAACAGCUCGUCUGGCUCUCCAAAACCGGGCUGAUUGACCUUCGUCAUGCCUCGCUGUUACAAAAGAUUGCAGUUUGGGCGGAGCUCAUUGGGUACAUCGGCAGCAUCACUCUGAAGCUCAAGGAGAUAACAAAGAUCAAUUCUUGUUUACAAUCUAAAGAAAAGAGCGAUGAAGAGGUCCAGAAGCUGAGGGGGAAACUGGUUUUGAAGCAGUUGUCGAUUGUUCAGGAUGUGGCGGACGGAUUGAUGGCGCUUGGGGAUGUGAGGGAUGGGAAAGGGUGGUUCUCGGAUCCGCUGUUGAUGGCUUCUGCUGGAAUGCUUUCAGCUUUAAUUAGCACACACAAGAACUGGAUUUCCUGCUGACAGGUGGCCGUGUUCCUCGAUGAUUUUGCCAGAGUAUUUGCAAAGUGAUUAGAUAACCGUCUGUCUUGUUCUAUAUAUAUUGAUUAGCUUGGGGUGGUUUGCCCUUUGCAUCAAAUUCAUUUGUGUGGCUUUGUUUAUUUCUUGCAUUCUUAUCUGUUUAAUGCUUCUGAUUUGGAUGUCAAUGGGAUGCAUUUUGAAGUUGAAUGUGGCCUGCUCUCCAUGAUGAUUUUGCCAGAAUAUUGCAAUUUUCGAGAAUGAUUAGAUAUCCAUCUAAUGUGUUCUGUACCUAGUUCUCCGUAAAUAU